CCCUGUCUGACCUGGAGCUUGUGGCCCAAUCAAUUAUCUUCAUUUUUGCUGGCUAUGAGACCACUAGCAGUGCUCUUUCCUUCAUUUUGUAUGAACUGGCCACCCAUCCUGAUGCCCAGACCAAACUGCAGCAGGAGAUUGAUGCGGCUUUGCCCAAUAAGGCACCUGCUACCUAUGAUACCGUGUUACAGAUGGAGUACCUGGACAUGGUGGUGAAUGAAACUCUCAGGUUGUUCCCAAUUGCUGGCAGACUUGAGAGGGUCUGUAAGAAAGAUGUUGAAAUCAAUGGAGUGCCCAUUAGGAAGGGAACAGUGGUGAUGAUGCCAAACUAUGUUCUUCAUCGAGACCCACAGUACUGGCCAGAGCCUGAGGAGUUCCGCCCUGAAAGGUUCAGUAAGAAAAACAAGGACAGCAUUGAUCCGUACAUAUACAUGCCCUUUGGAAAUGGCCCUCGAAACUGCAUUGGCAUGAGGUUUGCUCUCAUGAACAUGAAAGUUGCUCUUGUCAAAGUAAUGCAGAACUUCUCCUUCCAAACUUGUAAGGAAACCCAGAUUCCCCUGAAAUUAGCCAAACAAGGACUUCUUCAACCUCAAAAGCCCAUUAUUCUGAAGGCUGUGUGUAGAGAUGUAACAAUAAGGGGAGCCUGA